GAGCAAUUCAGCACGAUGAGCAAAGCCUGUCACGACUGUCCCUUCAACGUAACCGACUGCUUUAUGCCGCACUGCGUCUCAGCAGAUGGUGUUCAGAAGCGAAUUUACGCCGUUAAUCGGCAGGUUCCUGGUCCUCUCGUCGAAGUGUGCGAAGACGAUUUGGUCGUCGUGGAAGUUAGAAAUCAAAUGCUGUCCGAGAGCACGACGAUACAUUGGCACGGAUUCAACCAAAAGAAUACGCCGUACAUGGACGGUGUACCAUACGUAACUCAAUGUCCAAUUUUGCCAGGACAAUCCUUCACGUAUUCCUUCGAAGCUACGACCAUGGGAACUUUCUUCUGGCACUCGCACAUAGGAUCUCAAAAAGCCGAUGGAAUGUUCGGUCCAAUGAUAGUGAACAGACGAGAUCUUAUAACAGCGGUCAAAGCACUCUACGAUCAAGAUGAGCAUCGAAUGAUUAUCAGCGACUGGAACCAUUUACCCGGCGAUUCUGGAAUAACGAGAAUGUAUCAUUACAAACCAGACGUACGUCCAAAAAGUAUAUUGGUGAAUGGACGUGGUCAUUAUCGACAAUUCGAGGUCGACGAUGGGAGUACUGUUUACACGCCUCCCGCUGUCUUUCCAGUUGAUAAGGAUAAAAAAUAUAGAAUACGAUUAAUCAACGCGGGAGCUCAGGAUUGUCCUAUAGAGAUGUCGAUCGAUAAUCACACGAUGAUCGUCAUCAGCUUAGACAGCAACGAUAUUGUCGCCACCGAAGUGGACUGGAUUACCAUUUGGCAAGGCGAAAGAGUUGACUUUAUCGUGCGAACCAAUCAGAAACCCGACAACUACUGGAUUAGAUAUCGUGGUUACAGCACGUGUCGAAACAAUGCGACCAGCGGCGUUUAUCAAGUUGCCAUAUUGCACUACAACGAAGUUCCGCUGCACGAACCAACGAGCCCCAUUGCUUAUCAAAUACCAAAAUCCACCAAUGCGACAAGGGUAUUGAAUCCUUUUAAUUCCGGAACUGAAAGUUGGCCAAUAACGAACAUAGCUAUCCCUAACCUGACGUCAUUAGAUGCCAAUGACGUAUCGCUGUCUGAAAAAGUGGAUCAUCAGGUAUACAUUAGCUUUGACUUUCACAACAUCGACAACUACGAUUUCCAUCGGAAACACUUGUACGGCUACAAUCAAGUUCCUAGCGAUCGACGAAUUGGAAGCUUACAACUGAAUCACAUUAGCUUGAAACUACCUCAGUUUCCUUUGCUCUCGCAAUGGCAACGACUGGCCCCUGGCUCGCUGUGCAAUUCCACGCAUACUCCCAAAAAUCUCGAUUGCAAAACUGAACAGUGCGCUUGUACCCAUGUGAUACAAGUGAAACUGAAUUCCGUUGUCGAGAUCGUUUUAAUCGAUCAAGGCAAAAGCUUCACGGUGAACCAUCCUUUCCAUCUGCACGGUCACUUCUUUCGCGUGGUAGCCGAAGAAAAUUUGGGUGGAGUCGUGACGAUCGACCGGGUCAAACAACUCGACAAAGAGGGGAAGAUCAAAAGAAGAUUGAAUCAUCCUCCGAUGAAAGAUACAAUGAAAACCCCUGGUGGUGGUUACACAAUUGUGCGGUUUCACGCUAACAAUCCUGGCUAUUGGUUCUUCCACUGCCACUUCGACCAGCAUCACAAUGUGGGAAUGGCUCUGGUAGUCAAGGUCGGCGAGCAUAAAGAUUUUCCGAAAAAACCAAAGGGCUUUCCGAAAUGUGGCAGCUUCAAAAACUCUUGUCUAUUAAAUAAUAAAAAAUUAUAAAUAGUCAUUUAAUAUAGAUAUGCAUAUGUUGUAUUUUUAACUUUUGUAACACGGUUGAGUAUGCCGUGAAAGUAAAAUUUAAAUACUUUAGGAUAAUCGCAACAAACGUCGUCAGUUUUUUCAUUACACAUCAUCAUAAAAUAUACUCGGUUAUUUUUGUUAUUAUGAAUUAUCGAUGAAUUUUUCUAGCGUGUGGUCUGAAAAUGUUAACACUUAUCGAAUUCCAAGAUGUGAAGAGCAUUUGUUUGAUGGAUUUAAGAAUGUAUUGCAAAGAUUUAAAAUGUUUAGAAGCUAACACUGACAUUGGCACUCUUAACUUUUACUUUUCAAAUU